CUCCAUCAUCGAGAACGUUAUGGUUAUCCAAGUCCUCCCAUUCGCAACUCUCUUCCGGAAGCAGCUCGUUGUUAUCAUUCUUGUCAUCCUCCCAAGAUCCACGGUCCAACAACUCGUUGACGAUUGUUCAAGCGGAGCGCUCCACACAAGGCUGAGCGCCCAAUCUCUGUGGCCACGAUCGAAGUCCAUUGCGUUGAGGGACUGAGGAUCCAAACCCGAAAUAGGUCAUCAUCAUCAAUCGUUGCAAAGUAUACUCCUUUCUCCGAUUUCCCAAGAAACGGUCGCGCAUAUUUGCCCUCUUCGAUGUCUAUUGGUGUUUUAAUCGCCUGAUAUGUACCAUCUAGCUGUUAAGGAUAACCUGGAAAACAACAGAAACUCAAUAGAAAUGCAGUCGAAUCCUUGGGUAGCACAUUGCAAAAUUAAAGCUACAAUGCUACCAUUCUCUUGUUGAAACACCAAUCAGAAAAGCAAAAAGGGAACCAACGUACAUCAACGCAGGACUUGGCAAAGUAGCUGAUGCGUACCUCAUCAAAUCACCAGGACAAUUGACAAUGUGCUCCGGUCGAGUCGAAUGGUGUUGCGGGCUCCUAGUCGGUUGACGAAUCGGCCCUCUAAUAAGGCCCACUGCCAACGCCUAGCAAAAGCGAAAGGAAACCGGAAACCGACCCGACCGAAACUGGACCGGAACUCAACUGGGCGCCGCGGCCGGCUCGGCCCAAAUCCUCUCCCCGAGAAAUUUGACGAGUCAACCGCUGCGCACGGGUCUCAGGCGGGCGCGGGCGGGCGCACGCAUUCGUCGGCUCGGCCGCGCGGCGCCACCGGAGGGAAGAGCCGAAGAGGCACCGCCCGCAUCGGGGCAUUUCCUCCGCUCGCGCCCCCCGCCUCCCUCCCGUGCAGGAGACGCUCUCCGCCUUUUCUGUAUCGAGUUCUGAGGCGAACGGGAGGCGGAGGAAGGGAGGGAGGAAAGGAAGCCGGCAGCCGACGACCGGGGCGCGCGCGAGGCCAUGUCGUGGCUCCGCAGCGCGGUGCACCGCGCCGUGGAGGCGAGCGGCGGCCGCAGCUCCCUCCUCACCCGCACCGUCCGCACCUCCCUCGGCACCGUCGUCCACCACGCCGGCCAGGCCGUCGCCGGCGGCGCCAGGUUCAUCAUCGGGAGCCGGAACUACAAGAGCGUCGAGGUGACGGCCAAGAGGCUUGAGGAGGCGGCGCUCUCCUACAAAGGGGAGGAGCGGGCGCAGCUGCUGCGCCGGUGGCUCGUCGCGCUCAAGGACAACCAGCGCGCGGCCGCGGCGGUGCUGCGGGAGCCGCAAUUCGGGGACGAUCGGGACCAGGCAACGCCCCUGCUGGAUCUGUACGUGGAUUACGAGAGCGGUGGGGAGCUGAUGAACUUUUUCCAUGUCUUCCUCUACAGCCAUGCGCUCGAGUGUCUUGUUCUCUCCAUGAUUCUGGAAGCCCCAACUGACGAAGAAGUUUCAUUGCUCUCAGAAAUUUUCGGAAUGUGCCUUUCAGGAGGGAAGGAUGUGCAUAAUGCACUCCUGAGUAGUGUAAAGGACCUGGCAAGGUUAAUCUCAAGUUAUCAUGAUGAAGUGUUGGCAAAACGUGGUGAGCUACUUGAGUUUGCUCAGGGUGCGGUCUCAGGGUUAAAGAUAAAUGCUGAAAUUGCAAGGUUAGAUAAUGAAAUUUCACAGUUGCAACAGCAGAUAAAUUCAAUGGAUGCUCUCCGAGCCACUUCAAACAGCAAUCGGAAUAGAACAUCUCAGACGACUACUGAGGGUUUCAAAAAGGCAGUUGCUGAGGUCCGUCUUUGCUCUAGAAUGGAAGAACUCAUAUUGAAGAAGAAAUCAAUACAUCCUGGUGACUCAUUGGAGACUCAUUUUGAGAAGGUUGACAAACUGAAGGUUUUGUCUGAAUCUCUUUCAAAUUCAUCUGCAAAAACAGAAAAGCGUAUAAUGGAAAACAGGUUACAAAAGGAAGAAUCUCUUAUCUUCCGGGUUACCAAAACAAAUGAAGUCAGUGGAAUUGAAAAGGAACUAGUUGCUGAAAUCUCUGGACUUGAGGAGCAAAGGGAUAAACUUGAGGCAGAACUGAAGAAGGUGAAUACUAAAUGGAAAGCGGCUACAGUGAAGCUUAAAAAAACUAGAGAGGAGAGAGACCAAUUUGAUGAAGCCAGCAAUCAGAUUGUGCUACACCUCAAAACUAAGGAAGAUGAACUCGCAAGAUCCCUUGCUUCAUGCAAAGUAGAAGCAAGCACUGUCAGUGCGUGGAUCAGCUUUUUGGAAGAUACAUGGAAAUUGCAGUCCUUAUUUGAAGAGCUAAAAGAAAAACAGGCCAAUGAAGAAUUGGAUAGAUGUGGAGUCUGCUUUGCGAAAUUGAUUGAACAUCAUGUUUCUGCAUGCCUGGAAGAGCUGAGCACUUCUAUUGAUCGUAUCAAAACCUUUGUCGAUAACUUGAAAAUAUUCGGUGAUAGAUCGAUGUCAGCAGAGGAUGGAGCUAAUAGUUCGUCUAAGCAAUCAAACCCACGUAAAUACCUGGAGGAAGAAUACCUCCAAACGGAGAAAAAGGUUGUAGCUGCAUUCAGUUUGGUUGAUAGUAUACGAGCAGUAUAUUCUUCUAACCAGGAGUACUACAAGACGAGUUUGUGCAGGAGAGAGGAGCCUGAGGUCAAAAAUCUAUUUGACACCAUCGACAAGCUGCGCGUUGAGUUCGAAUCGGUGCCACGUCCAGUGCUUCAGAUCGAGAUCAAAGAACAGGAAGAGAAAGCAAAGCGAUCCCGUUCCUUGAAGGUUUCCCGGUCCCCGGGCCAUUCGAGAAGCGAUUCCCCGAUCGCGCCUCAGCUGAGGACACGGCUGCCAUCGGAGUCCGAGUCGGAGCUGGCAAAGUUCGAUCCGGAAUACAAGGCCGACGAGAUCAGCGGGUGGGAGUUCGACGACCUCGAAGACGAGCCAAGACCUGGCUUCCAGUAAUCUGCGUAGGCUGCAAAGGAGACCCAUACCUGUAGUAGUUGAUGUAAAUUCAUCAUUAACACGAAGAAGCCUGGGAAAUGUAUAGUUCAGUGUGCAUUGCAAUCUCCGUUUCUGUUCAGAAUUUUCCUUUUUUCUGUCACGUCCUGUGGACGUUGUCUUCUGCAACCUGCACAUAUGACAAGUACAAGCGAACGCCGUUCGCCUACAUGCGUGGUACAGUACAUGUUUCCUCGGGUA